AUGACUAUCGUUAAUCGUAUUUUAAUUGUUCCGGAAAACGUUCAAGUAAAUAUUAAAGAGCCAGCCCAAAAAAUCGAAAUUAGUGGUUCCCGGGGUAAAUUAGAACUAAAAAUCUUUCCGGAAGUAAAGAUAAUUCAAGAAGGCAACCAAAUAUUUACUAAGCCGAUAGACACUAAAAGAAGUUCAGUGGCGCGCAAAGCAUACGCUCUAACGGGAACCAUGAAUUCUUUAAUUUAUAAUGCCAUGGAAGGAGUAAAAAAUGGACACACUAGAAAACUAGUAGUUAAAGGAGUAGGCUAUAAAGUAUUAAUAAAAGGUAAAGAAUUAGAAUUCACUUUGGGUAAAUCGCAUCUUGACCGAUUGGUUGUUCCCGCCGAUUUAGAGACCAAAUGUCCGGACAAUACGCAAAUAAUUAUUCAAGGAGUAGAUAAAGAAAAAGUUGGUCAAUUUGCUGCUCAAACCAGAAGGCUACGUCGACAUCGACCUUAUAAAUUAAAAGGAAUUUAUUAUACAGAAGAAAAAAUUAAAUUGAAAGCUGGAAAAACGGUCAAUAAGUAG